AUGCCUCCCAAAGGAACUCCGAGCAAGGAGACGCCGGGCAAAGGGGCGAAGAAGGAGACUGCCAACUUCAGAACUUUCGAGGCGCAGGCUCGCCUGCUCGCCGCCCUGUUGGCUUCUCUGGACAAUCCGCGGCUCGACUACAAGAGAAUUGCUCAAUACCUGGGUGGCUCAGCCACCGAGUCUAGCGUUGAGCAUCGCUUCAGGCCCCUGAAGGUCCAGGCCGCGUUGGUGAAGGGCCUCGUAGAGAAACAGAUCGACCCCGCAACCAAAGAGAUCUGGAAGUGCACGAAGAAGGAAGAGAUUGCGACCUAUUUUGGGGCCAGCACCCCGGACGGCGUGAACUUCCAGUUUCGGACUAUCAAGAAGGGCGCCGAGGCUCUGAAGGGUGCUGUGAGCAGAGGCGAGAGCCCGGUCGAGGCCUUCAAUGCCCACCUAAAUGGCAGCUCGAAUGGGGCCGCUAGUGCGCCGGCGACCCCCGCGAAACGGGCUCGGGCGACAAAGGGCACUCCCGGGUCGGGCGCCACCCCUGGCUCUAAGCGCAGCAACAAGAAAGUGAAGAUUGAGCCCAUGUCUGAUGAAGACGGGGAUUCGCCGGAGCUUGAUUUCGACCUGGACACGUCGCCGACCAAGCUGAGAGUGCAUAACAAAGCUAACGAUUUGCUGCCUCGCUCAGCCUGGGCCAUGCCGACUGACAAGAAGAAGUCCGCUCGCCCUCGCCCGGUGUCCAUCGCGCCUGCACCUCCUCGCCAGGCUGCGCCGGGCUACACUCUGGCGCCCAUUCCUGGGCUCUCCCUGGCUCAUGCUGAGCUGCCCAACGGAUACACCGACCCAGUCACCGGCUACGGAUAUAACGUUGCCCCCCGCGCCACCACGAGCAGCACGCCUUCAACCGUUGCCAACUCUCCUCCGGCCAUGGACACCGCCUCCAUGCGUCGCGGCUCUGCAUUUUCCACUGGCAGCAACGCCGCCGCCAGCAGCCCGGCCACGCCGACCACUGCCUUGGGCAUGAACAGCAUGAACAUGGGCAUGGACGGCCACUAUGUCCCCGCCGCGUCCACAUCCGAGGCUAAUACUCCACAGACAACCACCUCUUCAAACAACAUGACCACGUCGGGCAUGCAUGCGGAGACGGCUGGCAAUGCCACUUCAUUUGAAGAGGAGGGAUUCCACCCCCUCAAUGGGUUCGGUGCGAGCGCCUUCGACGAGACCAAUGGCAACGCCAAGUCCAGUGGCUGCCGCGCCGGCUAUUCCACUUAUUCCAUCGACCAGCAGGAGAGCUCGCUCGCUGCCGAGGCCAAUUUCGGCGGAUUCGAUGGUGAUAAUGGUGAGGACGAGGAGUGGGACGUGGGUGACGUCUAA